GGACCAAUCAGAAUGAGCCAUUUGUAAAUACACGUAAUGCAUAGAUAGGUUUGUUCAGCACGUAUAAACCACCAAUAGCGGUAUAAAUCGAGACAAAUAUCCAACAAUUGCAUUUCAUUUGAAUUCGUUGAAUAGUGCGGUCACACAGUCAAAGCACACAACAAAUUGUCAUCGUGAAAUUUCUUUUCUUUAUCUAAACUCAAUUGGAUUUAAGAAAAAUAAAAUAUUUUCUAGUGAAAAUUGAAUAAUAGCUCAGAAAAUAUGAAAUAUUUUCUGGUUGGAAUUGUGGGCAUUUUCCUGCUGGUUGGAUUGUGUCCAGCUUAUGCCGAAAAAGAUGCGAUUAAUUUCGAAGAGAGUACAAUCGACGUCAAUUUGGGUGAAGAUAAACAAGGAUCAAGAACAGAUGCUAAUGCCGUGAAACGUGAAGAAGAAGCCAUCAAAGUCGAUGAAUUAAACGUGGCACAGAUCAAAGAACUACGAGAUAAGGCGGAGAAGAAGGUCUUCCAAACUGAAGUCAGCCGAAUGAUGAAACUCAUCAUUAACUCGUUGUACCGCAACAAGGAGAUUUUCUUGCGUGAAUUGAUCUCGAAUGCUUCCGAUGCUCUCGACAAGAUCAGAAUGUUGUCAUUGACAAACCGAACGGAGCUCGAAACCAACCCCGAAUUGUUCAUUCGAGUCCAAGCUGACAAAGACAAUAAAAUCUUGCACAUCAUCGAUUCGGGCAUUGCUAUGACCAAAGAAGAUCUCGCCACCAAUCUUGGAACAAUCGCUAAGAGUGGCACCGCUGAUUUCUUAUCGAAAGUUCAAGACAAUCCGGAAACAAGUGCAAAUGAUAUGAUUGGUCAGUUUGGAGUCGGUUUUUACUCGGCAUUUUUGGUUGCUGACCGUGUGGUUGUCACAUCAAAACACAACAAUGAUGUUCAACAAAUUUGGGAAAGUGACUCAAGCAGUUUCUCAAUCAUUGAAGAUCCACGUGGUGACACAUUGAAACGCGGCUCACAGAUCUCAUUGUACCUUAAAGAUGAAGCUGCUGAUUUCUUAGAAGAAGACACCAUUAAGGGACUGAUCAAGAAAUACUCGCAAUUCAUCAACUUCCCGAUUUACCUCUGGUCGAGCAAGACUGUUGAGGAGGAGGAAGUCAUCGAAGAAGAGAAACCACAAGAAAAAACUGAAGAUGAAACUGUUGAAGAUGGUGAUGAAGAUGCAAAGGUCGAAGAGGAAACCGAUGAAAAGAAACCAAAGACAAAGACCGUAAAGAAGACCGUAUGGGAUUGGGAAUUGAUGAAUGUCAAUAAACCAAUUUGGACUCGCAAACCUGCCGAGAUCCCAGAAGAUGAAUAUGUUGAAUUCUACAAGAGUUUGACGAAAGACAACGAAAAACCAUUCACAUACACUCACUUCGUUGCCGAGGGAGAGGUUACAUUCAAAUCACUUUUGUAUGUGCCAAAAGUGCAACCAUCGGAAAGUUUCAACAAAUACGGCACCAAAUCGGAAAAUAUCAAAUUGUACGUGCGUCGUGUGUUCAUCACCGACGAAUUCAAUGACAUCAUGCCAAACUACUUAAAUUUCAUUCGUGGUUUGGUCGAUUCAGACGAUUUACCAUUGAACGUGUCACGUGAAACACUUCAACAACACAAAUUGAUCAAGGUUAUCAAGAAGAAGCUGGUUCGCAAGGUACUCGAUAUGAUCAAGAAGAUUAGCGCUGAAAAGUAUCCAGAAUUCUGGAAAGAAUACUCAACAAACAUCAAGUUGGGAUUGAUGGAAGAUCCAAGCAAUCGUUCACGACUUGGAAAAUUAUUGCGUUUCCAAUCGUCUGCCAGCAAGAACCUCACCAGUCUCGAGGAAUAUGUAGCACGCAUGAAACCAAAACAAACACACAUCUUCUGGUUGGCCGGUGCCAAUCGCGAUGAAGUCGAAAAUUCGCCAUUCGUCGAACGAUUGCUUGCUCGUGGAUACGAAGUGUUGUUCAUGGUAGAACCAGUUGAUGAAUACGCCAUUUCUUCAUUGCCGGAAUUCGGUGGAAAGAAAUUCCAAAACAUUGCAAAGGAAGGUUUCACAUUGGACUCAUCAGAUGAUGCAAAGGCCAAGUUGGAAACAUUGACCAAACUAUUUGAACCGCUCAUCAAAUGGCUGAACGAUGAAGCAUUGAAGGGCCGCAUCACGAAAGCUGUCAUCUCAGAACGUUUGAGAAAAUCACCAUGCGCAUUGGUUGCUAACGUUUUUGGAUGGACUGGUAACAUGGAACGAUUGGCUAUGUCGAACGCUCAUCAAAAGACGCACGACCCAAUGCGUGAGUACCAUUUGUCACAGAAGAAGGCAUUGGAAAUUAAUCCAAGACAUCCACUUAUCAAAGAACUUUUGCGCCGUGUUGAAAACGAUGAGGCUGAUUCUGCAAAGGAAUUGGCAUUGAUUAUGUUCCGUACAGCAACACUUCGAUCUGGUUUCUCACUUCAAGAAUCAGCCGAAUUUGCCGACAGCGUCGAAAAACUGAUGCGACAAACAUUGGGCAUCUCGGAAAAUGAACAAGUCGAAGAGGAGGAAGACAUUCCACAAGAAGAUGAAAACACCGAAGACAAUUCCGAAGAAGACCGCACACAAGCUGACGAUAGUGAAAAUACCAAUGAAGAGCAUGACGAGUUGUAAACUCAUUCCCAGCCACCACUUAGAAAAUUAGGUCAACUGUUUGCCAAUUGGCAUAACAUUUAUUAUCAUUUAUUUAUGAUCAAAUCACAUAUUGAGACCAGUGUUUGAAAUUACUUAGAAUGCUGCCCGCUGAUCCACUUUGAAAACCAUUCGUACUACGAAUCAAAACAACAAUCAUCAUCAUCAUUAUUAAUGCUGAUUCAACGACUGAAUAUUUUUUCUCUUAAGUAUUUAUUUCGUGAUUAAAUGUUUAUAUGAUCGGAAAUCCGUUUAACUCUCUAACAUUUCAUUAAACAACGGGCUCAAUUUCAAUCGAACAUUAAAUCAGUCUUUCUUCAUGCAUGGAAACUGAUUUGUAUAUUAAUGUUGUGAUUUAAUGCAAUUUUUCCAUAAUUAUUUUGUAAAUUCAUUAUUCCUUGCAUAAAGAAACGAAAAUGUAAAACGUCAAAAUAGAUUGCGACAGAAAAAAAAAAAUAAAGAAGAGAGAUUUACUAUAUUUUCAAACCGUCAAAUAAAAUUUAUUUGGCAUUAAAUCAAGAAAA